AUGGACCAGGAACUUCAUAACCCCAAAUUAAAAGAGGUCCAGAGUUGGCCAAAGGCUGACCGUGCUCUGCAGGAGCCCUGGGUGGAAGCACUUGUCUUCUAUGCCUUCACACAGCCCCUGUUCCCUGGUGGUAUCUUUGCUGUCAUCUUCCAGGGGCUCCUCAUGUCUCAGGCUUCUCGAAACACUACUGCCUUCAAGGCAGCGGCCCUGAUCCAGAGGUGGUACCGGCGCUAUGUGGCCCGCCUGGAGAUGCGGCGGCGCUAUACCUGGAGCAUCUUCCAGUCCAUUGAGUACGCUGGACAGCAAGACCAGGGCCAGCUGCAUGAGUUCUUCAGUUACCUCGUGGAUCACUUCACUCCCAGCAGUCACCAUGAGCGGGACCUUCUAAGCCGCAUGCUAACGGAGCAGAGCCAUCCCCAGGACUCGGAGCUGGAGGCCUGCAGUGACUACAAAGCCAUCGAGGUGCCUGCCAACUACACAGGGCCGCGCCUGUCCUUCCCGCUGCUUCCUGGCCAUGCCACUGCCCUGGUGGAAGCUUUCAGGCUGAAACAACAGCUGCACGCUCACUAUGUCCUGCAUCUCCUGCACGAGACCAGGAAGCACCUGGCACAGCUGCCAAACAUCACGCGGGUGUCCAGCUGCUACAGUGAGGAGCUCACAGUGUGUGGAGACUUACACGGCCAGCUGGAUGACUUAAUUUUCAUAUUCUAUAAGAAUGGCCUCCCGUCGCCAGAGCGGGCAUACGUGUUCAACGGUGACUUCGUGGACCGAGGCCAGCACUCAGUAGAGAUCCUAAUGAUUCUGUUCGCCUUCAUGCUGGUUUACCCGAAAGAGGUCCAUCUGAACCGAGGAAACCAUGAGGACCACGUGGUGAACUUCCGAUAUGGCUUCACCAAGGAAGUGAUGCAUAAAUAUAAAAUACAUGGGAAGAAAAUAUUAAGAACGCUUCAGGAUGUAUUCUGCUGGCUUCCACUGGCCACGCUGGUGGAUGAGAAAGUCCUGAUUCUUCAUGGUGGAGUGUCGGACAGGACUGACCUGGAGCUUUUGGCCAAAUUAGACAGACACAAGAUCAUAUCCACCAUGAGGCGCCCAACAGCGAGGGAACCCAAGAGCCAGGCAGAGAUGCCCAGCACGCCCAGCACUGCACCAAGGCCUGCACAGAGACCCACACCCUGGUUCCUGCCCCAGAGCCGCUCACUCCCCUCCUCACCACUCCACCUCAGUCUGGACAGCAGGACACACAGGGCCAACAGGUCUUGCAGCGUCCCCUGCAGUGUCCCCCUGGCACCCCAGGAGCUGUCCCGGCGGGUGAGGCAUUCUGUGGACUUAGAACUGGAGCUGUGCCGGCAGCGAGCAGGCUUCUCCAGGGUCCAGGAGCAGGAGGAGUUCUCACCUGCAGCCUCUGAAGGGGAGCCGGAUGCUGGAGAGCCGCUGCAACCUACCCAGGAGGAGUGGCAGCAGGUGGUAGACAUCCUGUGGAGUGACCCCAUGCUGCAGGAGGGCUGCAAGGCCAACACUGUCCGUGGAGGAGGCUGUUACUUUGGGCCUGACGUGACCGGGCAGUUGAUGCAGAAAUACAACCUGCAGCUCCUGAUCCGGUCCCAUGAGUGCAAACCUGAAGGCUAUGAAUUCUGCCACAAUCGCAAGGUGCUAACCAUCUUCUCUGCCUCCAACUACUAUGAAGUUGGCAGUAACAGAGGGGCCUAUGUCAAGCUGGGGCCAGCCCUGACCCCACACAUCGUGCAGUAUCAAGCCAACAAGGCAACCCACAUGCUCACCAUGAGGCAAAGGGUCAGCAGAGUGGAGCAGUCUGCGCUGAGAGCGCUGCGAGAAAAGCUGUUUGCCCAUUCCUCAGACCUCCUCCAGGAAUUCAAGAAGCACGACUCAGGCAGAACUGGUGUAAUCAGCCUGAACGACUGGGCCGUGGCCGUGGAGGCCGUGCUGCACCUGGGGCUGCCAUGGCGGGUGCUGAGGCCGCAGCUGGUGAGCAGCAGCGUGGGCAGCUCUCUGGAGUACUCGGCCUGGCUGGAGGACUUGGCCAAGGACUGGCCCAGCCGUGAGAACAUACAAUCAAGUUUGCUGGAAACCCUGUACCGAAACAGAUCCAACCUGGAGACCAUUUUUAGGAUCAUAGACAGUGAUCAUUCAGGGUUCAUCUCCCUGGACGAGCUCAGGCAGGCUUGGAAGCUGUUCAGCUCACACAUGGGCAUUCUUGGCACCGAUGACUGCAUCUGUGACCUGGCCCGGAGCAUUGACUUCAACAAAGAUGGCCGCAUCGACAUCAACGAGUUCCUGGAGGCCUUCCGCUUGGUGGAGCAGUCCUGCUUGGGGGACACAGCCUGCAGCUACACAGCAGCCUCAGCACACCCUGACAGCCCAGGUCCCCUCUGAUCUCCAGAGUUGUACCAGCCUGCUGGAACUUGAGCCUGCUAUCACAGUGCAUGAGGGUCAUCUUGCACUUGGAUAUGGAAAGAUAGACUCUGUGUGUGUGUGUGUGUGUGUGUGUGUGUGUGCGCGCGUGCGCACGCGCGCAGGUGCUUUUUGUUAUAGUGGCCCAACUCCACCUUAGAUAUAAGUCUACUCCAAUUAAGAGCCACUGAUAAUCCUGCCCCUUUAUUGUUUUCAUUUUGUACCUUUGUUUGGGAAGGAGAGAGUGAUAAGGACUUAAAUCCCAUAGUUGUUUUGCAUAUAUUUUUCUUUAAAAUUCUAAGAUGAAUAUUUGUUUAUUUGAUAGGAAAUGAUUUAAUAUCUA